CCGGGGCAGCGACCCACAGUGCCAGCAGCUCUGCAAUUGCACUCUGCUUUUUGCUUUUUCCCUUCAUACAUUUUGUAAAAAGAAUUUUCCUUUAAAAGGAAGAAAUUACUAUCAGAAUAUUCCAGGUUUUGGGCAGAAUUCUCAUUAUUUCUACAGGCAUCUCCGUAUCAGGCUUGGUCAUCCGUGAGUGAGCUCUCCCUAGUCCACCAGCCAGUCCUAGAGCAGACGGGGAUUCCCCCCACUGACAGAGCAGGUCUGUUCUGGCUAGUCCCAUCUCUGGCGACCACAGCCUCUCAGACCAGCGUUGCUCCCAGGAUCAGCUUUCAGGAUGCGAUGCACAGCGCCGAUGGGGGUAUUGUUCACCCUGGUCAGCCUGCUGGAGCUGGCUGUGACUCUGAGAAUCGCAGCCUUCAACAUCCGGUCUUUCGGGGAGACUAAGAUGUCCAAUGCCACCAUCUCUAGCUACAUUGUGAAAAUCCUGAGUCGCUAUGAUAUCGCCGUUGUCCAAGAGGUCAGAGACAGCCACCUGGUGGCCAUUGGGAAGCUACUGGAUGAACUCAAUCGGGCCAAAACUGACACCUAUCGCUAUGUGGUCAGUGAGCCUCUGGGCCGCAACAGCUACAAGGAGCAGUACCUUUUCUUGUACAGGCCCGACCAGGUGACUGUUCUGGACAGCUAUUACUAUGACGAUGGCUGUGAGCCCUGCGGAAAUGACACCUUCAGCCGAGAGCCGGCCAUUGUUAAGUUCUUUUCCCCUCUCACUGAGGUCAGCGCGUUUGCGAUAGUGCCCUUGCACGCAGCCCCAUCAGAUGCUGUGACUGAGAUUGACGCCCUCUAUGAUGUUUACCUGGAUGUCCGAAAAAAGUGGGACCUGGAGGACGUCAUACUGAUGGGGGAUUUCAAUGCUGGCUGCAGCUACGUCAGCUCCACCCAGUGGUCUUCCAUCCGCCUCCGGACGAGCCCCGCCUUCCAGUGGCUGAUCCCCGACAGUGCUGACACCACGGUCACGUCCACACACUGUGCCUAUGACAGGAUUGUGGUUGCUGGCGCUCUGCUCCAGAGUGCCGUUGUUCCCAACUCAGUCGGUCCCUUUGACUUCCAAGCAGCAUUCGGACUCACCAAGCAGCUGGCGGAAGCCAUCAGUGACCACUACCCAGUGGAGAUGACCCUCAAGUGAACCUGAUGCCAUCAAGCAUCACAGCCGUAUGCUUGUGGUGAGGAAGACUCCAACUGUCCACCAGACAUGUAUGGUAGUGCAGCGUUCUACUGCCCAGGACAGACAGAACGUCCACCAUUCGGACUAAGAAUACUGUUUAAUUGAGGUAAAUAAAGCUGAGCUCGAGCAGUC